ACCGUAUCGAGAGGUCAAGUCAUGGGUUUAGCAAAGGGCCCUCAAACUAGAUCCAGAAACGAGCACAGUAUCAAAACAUCUGUGAGGUAUGCAAACAGAAAACAGAGAACCCGCUCUCUUUGGGUUAGAUCAUUGCUCGCUCCGCCGCUUCCACAAAAGACGUUCUCCAGUUGAUCUCACACUGCUGGCCAAGAAUAACACUCUGAUGCGGGAAUGUCUUUAGUGUGGCUCUUCCUACUGGAUCUGAUGCUUUUGUCCGCCCUUGGCGGCGCAUCCUCAGCUUCGGAGCUCCCGCCUAUGAAAGCUCCUGCCUUUGCCCAGGUCACAUCACGCAGAAUCGUCCACAUAAGCAAAGGGCCAUCAGAUGGAGUAGCGGUGGAUCGAAAAAUUAAGUUUAUCGAGUCUUUGAACUCCUCGAUUCCGGACCCGCAUUGGAGGAAGUACAACAUGUGGCAGGCGCUAAGAGCUGAUGGCAGGACCAACUUCUGCAUACUGUUCUUUGCCGUUUAUAUCAGCUACCUAAUUUAUGUGUUGUUCUAGGUGGAUAUUUCUAUGAUUACAGAUCCAAGGAGGCUGUUAUCAAUUUUUCAUUAGAUUUUACUCCAAUGAUUCCAGUCAAAAGUUUUUAAAUAAUUUUAGUACUGCUAAGAUGUAUGAAAAUAGUGAAGUUGUGAAUAAA